AUGGUAACCACCAUACCUUCUUUAAGUUUAGGUAGCCACAUUUCUUCAAAUCUGGCGGCUACCUUUUGGACUUACUUUUGCGUUUUGACACUAUGUAUAGUUAGUUUUUCUGGUGCUAAUCAAGGACUCCUACAAGAAUUAGGUCUUAGAGUGCUUCCGGAUGUUUCAAAGAUAAAUAUCAGUUUGGACGAGUAUACUAGGAUGAUGAACAUAUACCUUCAAUCGAGGGAGAAGUCUGGUCAAGACGAAUCAGUUCCAAAAUUAGUCACAUUCAAAUUAGAUCGUAAAUUAGUGAGAGACAACGACAGAUACCCCACAGUUAGGCUAAGGUUCCCUGUAGCUCCUCAAGGCAACGUAGAACUGGAGAGCGCUGAACUGAAAUUGUUAGUACCACCACAGUUCGAGGACGUGCCCAGUCCAAAAGUUCAAGUGAAUGUAAUCUUAGGUAACCGAAGAAAAGAACUCAUCAGAGAACGGACAUUUUAUCUCUCUCAAGAGGGCCCAAAGUGGUGUACUGUAGAUAUAACAAGUGCAGUGGAAUCGUGGUUGCGUGGCGAUGUAAAUUUAGGUUUAGAAUUAGUGUGCUUGGACUCCAAUUGCAGAUUAGAUCCGCUAGAAGCAGCAGUAACUAGUCUAAUACAUACUCCUCAAUCAAGAAGAGUUCGUAGAGAAUCUCCGUAUGAACCAAAACAUAAAACUACAUGCAAGGACACGGGUCCUAAGCAUAAAUGCUGUAGACAAUCGAUGAAUGUGACUUUUAGUGAAUUAGGAUUGGAACAGGAACAAAUAGUUCGCCCUCAAGUGUACGAUGCAGGCUAUUGUACUGGGAUGUGUCCCCCUAACUAUCUUCAUUCUUACAACCAUACUUAUAUACAAAGUAUAAUGCGACGAAAAGAACGGAGGAAUCAUAAAGCUUAUAGGAAAGUUAUACCGAAAGCUUGCUGUGCUCCACUAAAACUAUCGUCGGUAUCAUUUUUAGUAAUCGACCCAGACUAUCCAACGACCAUGGUCAUGCGACUAUGGGAAAAUAUGGCAGUGGAAGAAUGCGGGUGUUCUUAAAGUUAAAAACGAAAAGGGGGGUGAUUAUUGUUGGGUAAUCUAUUUAUAUUUUUGUACGGGUUACGCACUGAACAUUGUUAGAUUUUCACUGUGAUAUAAUUUUAUCUUUUAAUUUUUAUCGCCACUCAAGUAACAUUUUUAGUACGUUUAGUGACAUAUUUCAUAAAUUACAUAAUUCAAAUUUCAUACGUGUGUUUUAUGGUAUCAAACUAAUCAAUUUUACAUUUGAAUUUUUCAUUGUAUUUCUGACAAUAACGUGAAAAAUAAUCAAUUACCAUAAAUGUAUACUAGACAAUUUUGUCUGAUUAAUUACUUUCUUUAAGAAACGAAUUUUCAAAAUAAUAUUCAGGAGAUUAAUUGAUAAGUUCCUGGUAUGAUAGAAAAAAUAAAUUUUAUAUAAAAUUCAAUUAAAUUCAUUUGAAAUACUGUCCUGGAUAACUGAUAGUCAGGUCUGGACUUUACGUAACUUAUUACACGAUAAUAAAAUUUAAGCCAGUUUUUACACUAUGUAGAAAGUUUGCUGGUGUCGCCAUCUAUAUUUCAGUCCUGGGACUUAUUAAGUAAUGUUCUAAAAAAAGAUAUUAAUCAAAUUAUAUUCACGUUUUGGAUAUAAUAGUAUGAUAGGUGUAUUGACAAUAUAACGAAAUUUGUUGAAAAGAAGUUAUCGGAAAUUAAAUUCACACAAUAUACAAGGUGUAAUCAAGUAAAACAAUAUUUUAUUUAAAACAAAGUAUGGGGUUGGCAACUAAGUACUUUCGCUUUUUACUGCUAGAGAGCGUUGCUUUGUUUUAUGAAUUACUUGUGUUAGUGCUGUAGUUUGCUGUUUGUCACGUGAUACUGGUCACAUUGACGUAACUUUAGAAGCCAAUGAUGCGUGAUUUUUAUUAACGCUAUUAGUUGUGGGUUAAUUUUAAAUUGAGUGUAAAAACGAAUAUUUUACUUUUUUAUUUCCGUUAAGGGAAGAAAGCUACUGCGGCUCACAAAGAAAUAUGUCAAGUUUAUGGUGCUGAGUGCUUAACAGAUUGCACGUAUCAGAAUCAAUAUAAAAAAUUCCGUUCUGGAGAUUUUUCCCUCAAAGAUGAGCAACGUUCUGGUCGACCAAUUGAAAUUGAUUAUGACUAAAUCAAAGUUAUAAUUGAAGAGGAUCAUCUUAUAACUGUUCUAGAGGCUGCAUGUAUCAAUUGAAAAACACUUAAAAGGUCUUGGGUUAGUUGAGAAGCUUGAUAUUUGGGUACCUCACGAAUUGAAAUAAAUUCAUUUAACACAAAGAAUCUAUAUUUGCGAUAUGUACCGUAAACGAAAUAAAAUCCAUCAUUUCUUCUAAAUAAUCAUCAUUGGUUGGACGGUUCUGAAUCUGGUGGCCAAAACGGAUAGUAUAACGACCAAAAAGACUUAUGGCAUGACGCAUUUCAUGAUAAAUAAACUGUUGCACCAACGUUCCAAUACCCUCUUAUAAUACAGGAGUUUUUAAAGACGAUGAGUCACUGAUUUUCCAUUCGGAAAUCUUCAUAUUUGAGGUUAUGAAACAUACUAGUAAUUAAUUGCUGAAUACAUUCACCAUACUUUUGGUCACACCUCGUACAUACUGUUACCAUUAAUUAUAAAGAAAAUUGUUUCUUUUAACAUUGGUGAACCUCCAUAGUCAAGUGGAAUUUUAAAUAGGUCUGCUUUAAACACGAUACAAGCCCCACUGACUGAAUUUUGAUAUUUUCUAUAUUUGAAUAACUUUUUGCUUCCAAUUAACAAUUUCGAAAAAUAUAGUAUGUGGCCAAUUUUUCUAAUUUGGAGCGCCAUAUUUUUAAAAAUUCUUAUUAUAUUAUAUUCUAUUAUAAUUUGGGAUAUUUACCCGAUUUAUAAAUUCUUAAUGUUUCGAAUUAUGAUUUAUUUCAAUCAUAGACGUAUAUUGACUACGGAAUUUAGUUAAAUGACAUUAGAUAUUAUAGUUUUCAAGCCUUUAGCUACGCCACUGGCUACUGCUGAAACAAUUUGUAUUUACUGAAAACUGCUAUGUAUCCAAGAACGAGUUUUAUUAUUGGCUAAAAUUUCAUAAUUAGUGAAAUAAAACUUUGACAUCUUCUAUACAUAUUGG